AUGAUGUCGGGUAGAUCGUCAAUUGUAUUUCUUUGUUGGUGCCUGCAAAUUAGUUGUGGCCUACAGCAGCUGGAUGUUAUAAAUCAAUGGAAUUUGUUAGAUUUUGAUCUGCCGUAUCAUUAUGACUACAGAGAUUAUAGGGCGGAGAACACCCUCUUCACCGGCCUCGAAGUGACAGACGACAGGCUGUUCCUGGCCACUCCGCGACUGCGCGCGGGCGUCCCGGCCACCCUCUCGACGGUGCCGCGCAACACGCCCCCCGGCUCGAGUCCCGUCCUGCGCGCCUAUCCCGAUUGGUCGGCACACAGCGGCCUGAGGGGUGACGUCAACUGCUCGGGCCUGAUUUCCGUCUAUCGGAUGAGGAUAGAUUCUUGUAACAGGUUGUGGGUACUCGAUUCCGGAGUGAUGACAUCUUUGGACGACUUCACGAGGGUAUGUCAGCCAAAACUGGUUGUAUUCGACCUCUUCAGUGAUCAGAUCAUCAGAACCGUCUAUCUACCGAAUGGAGUUCUUAGACCUUCCUCGCUCCUGACGAAUCUUGUGGUAGAUGAGAGUAUCCAAGGGAGAUGCGAUUCGUCUUUCGUUUACAUGAGUGACACUGCAGCACCUGGUUUGGUUGUGUACGACGGCAUAAGAGACCAAGCCUGGAGGUUCACGCACCCGACCAUGUUUCCAGAUCCGAAUUUCUCUGAUUACGUUAUCGAUGGGGAAUCCUUCACGCUUAUGGACGGAGUAGUUGGAUUGACUCAUUCCCCAAAACUCGGCGUGGUGUAUUUCCAGCCACUGGCUACUGACAGGAUCUUCAGCAUAUCGACCACAACUUUGACGAAAGGACCUCCAGGAGAGUUUGAAAAGCUGCCCAUCAAUUUAGUGGGCAAGAAAUCAUCCCAAGGGUUAGGACUAACAUUGAAUCUUCUGGAUGAAACCGUAUAUUUCAGUCCUCUUGCCGAGACUUCUGUCGCAUCUUGGAACCCAUUGACAAAUAAGCAAAAGCUUCUUGCUUAUGACCCAGAAAGGCUACAGUUUCCCGCUGAACUGCGAUGGAGAAGUGAUGGUGCGCUAUGGUUAUUGAGCACAAGAUUCCAGAAAUUCUUUCUUAGGACCGUCUCCCCGAAUGAGGUCAACCUUCGAGUGAUAAGAAUAUUUCCGUCUCGACAUGCUGUGUCUAAUGGACUUAGCAAUAACCUCUACAUAUAA